UUGCCUUUUACCUUCAGAGUCGUUUAUUCAAAGCAGUUUUUUUUUUUAUCUCCUACAGUCUUUACCCGCAGACUAGCAGCUGUUAGCGAGUUAGCUUGCUAGCGUGCAACGUUAGCGGUAGCUUUUUGGCGCUUCAGUUCAAGUGAUUUUCUGAUCUUGUUUGGCGUUAGUUGAGCUGUUUGGCUGACUUUUUAGCUGCAGACUGGGAAUGCGGUUGUAAUAAACCAUGAUUCAGAUUGGGCUAUAUAACUGGAGGCAACGUUAAUUACUAUCCUCGAGGAAAGUUAACACAGGAGCAUGUUAGUUUUGCUCUAGUGAUUUUACCUGCCUGUGAGCAGUGAUUAAAAGCAAUAAUGAACUCUUAUCUUCUAUCUAGACAUUACUUAGUUAACAUAAGGGUUUAAUUGUGUAGGUAGUGGUAUAAAACAGUUUGUUGUUUAGUUGGUACAGCAUGCAAAGCAGUGAAAAGUGACUGUACCUGCCGCUCAGUGACAUACUUGGCAAAAAACGGGAAAUUCACAUUAAUUCAACAACAAACACACAGGCUACAACUUUACAAAUGGGGCGCAGAAAGUCAAAGAGAAAGCCACCUCCCAAGAAAAAAAUGACGGGUAACCUGGACAUCCAGUUCACUUGCCCGUUCUGUAACCAUGAGAAAUCCUGCGAUGUCAAAAUGGAACGAACCCGCAACACAGGAAUUAUAUCAUGCAGUGUUUGCUUGGAGGAGUUCCAGACUCCUAUAACCUAUCUGUCCGAGCCAGUGGAUGUUUACAGUGAUUGGAUCGAUGCCUGUGAAGCAGCCAAUCAAUAGCCAUGAUUUUCCUGCGACUUGCCUUCUCUCUAACCGCACUCACUUACAUUUCACCCCUUUGAUUGGUCCACUGAAUUAGGUCCUGUUCAGCUAGCACAAUGUAGCAAAACCUUUACGAACAUUAGAAGCCCUAUGUUUUUACUGUAAGUGUGUGACAUGCUUAGUUUAAUUUUGCUACAGUGUGGGAUGCUGAGCAUGACACGUUCCUCUGGCUGGGCCAGAUAGUUGCCAUGUUGUUUUGUCCACAUCAUAUUUCUCAGUGUUAAAGUUUUCCUAUGUCAGUGAUUAUCUUACAAUAAGUGUUUUGUUUUGUUUUUUUAGCUUAGAUCAUGAUGUUGUCUAUUUUUUUUGGGACAAAAUUGUCCUAUAAUGAAGUUUAAAAUGUAAUCUGACUGAUAUUUCCACUGGUGUAAAACAUUCCAUGUCCUCCAUCGGUAUUCUUUGUGAUUUAUGGAUAAAGAAAAUAUGAAUUCUCUUUUCUUCAGGUUGUUGCACAGUUGUAUUUAGUAGAAUAUAAUGACAAACAUGUGUUACUUUAGUGGAAGUAGUUUUCAACCAUGUCUCUAAUGCACUGAAACUAUUUUGUUAGUUGACACAUUUUUUUGAACUGCCAAGUCUUUUCAAAUCUUUUGUUUUUUAGACCAGUAUAUAUUUGUACUGCUAGAUUUUAUUAUUUAAUUUUUUAUUUUUUUUUUUAAAUCACAAUCAUGUAAUUUCUAUUACACUACUUCUGUGUAUUUCACAUCUACUGUGUAUUUUCAGGUAAUGACUAAUGAGAAUUAAAUCAACACCAUAUUUUUCAAGUGUAUUUUAUUGCACAAAUGUCAUGUUUAGUGAAAGGCAUUGAAAAAAAAAAAUCCAAGAGGUUAGCAAAGAUGGAAAGUUUGAACAAUGCUGAAACAAAGCCAACACAUUAAGGUGAAACGUUACUAUACAUUUACUCAACAUUGUUGCCAUUCUGGAUAUCACAGGGAAGAAAUGAUACUAAAUGAAUGCACUGUUAAAAAAAAACUACAUUCCUACAUUUGAUUUGAAUAAAAAGAAUGUUUAGACUUUUGAUGGGUUGAAAAUACA